AUGCUCGCGUGUGGCGGGCGGACAGAAGCGAACUGGCGGUCUGCGGAUCACGACCAUCACCGACACCAUCAAGUCCUGAGCAGUGUGCUAUUCUAUGUAGACAGAAUAUGUGGCCCGGGGUCCGGCAAAGGCACUCAGUGCGAGAAGCUGAAGGAGAAGUAUGGCUUCGUCCACCUGUCGACGGGUGACCUGCUCCGCGAAGAGGUCAGCGGGGGGUCCGAGCUGGGCAAGCGGCUCGAGGAGAUCAUGAAAGAGGGUCAACUGGUGCCUAUCGACACUGUGAUGACUCUGCUUAGAAAUGCUAUGGAGAAGCACCCGAAAGCUAAUGGAUUUCUCAUCGAUGGAUAUCCUAGAGAAGUGGACCAAGCGAAAGAAUUUGAAAAACAGGUUUGUUUUUUAUAG